UGUAAAGAUGGCGAGUUGUGUCGGUGGUGUACUACGGCGAAUUGCUGUGCAGGGCGAGGCUCUGCGGCUGGCAUGUGUGGCAAGGCCGUGGCGUCAUGGCGGCUGCCGCUUCCAGCACACGCUGAGGUACGUGCCCCGGCGAGCCGUGCUCUACGUCCCCGGCAACGACGAGCGGAAGCUGCGCAAGCUGACCUCCCUGGACGUGGACUGCGCCGUGCUGGACUGUGAAGACGGAGUGGCUCUCAACAAGAAGGUGGAAGCCAGGGAGACCAUUCCAAAGAUGCUGGCAGAGUUGAACUUGGGUCGCACAGAGAAGUGUGUGCGGGUCAACUCUGUGUCCAGUGGCCUGGCGGACACUGACCUGGAGGUCAUCCUACAGUCUGCAGUGCUGCCCCCAGCCCUGAUGCUGCCCAAGGUGGAGGACAUCACGGAAGUGCAGUGGUUUGCCGACAGAUUUCAGCACCACCUGAAAGGAAGAACGCUACCGGAGCCAAUUCGCCUGGUCACCUUUGUGGAGACUGCCGUGGGUCUACUCAAUUUUAAGGCUGUCUGCGAGGAGGUCUGCCGCCUUGGACCGAAGGCUGGACUGCAUCACGACGGCGUGGUGUUCGGCUCCGACGACUUCUGUGCCAGCAUAGGUGCCACACGGACCAAGGAUGCUAGGGAGCUACUGUAUGCCCGGCAGAAGGUGGUGGUGACAACCAAGGCGUUUGGCCUGCAGGCUAUCGACCUUGUUUACAUCGACUACCAGGAUGGAGAAGGCCUCCGCAAGCAGGCGAGAGAGGGCGCGCUGAUGGGCUUUACUGGAAAACAAGUUAUUCACCCCAACCAAAUCAAGGCCGUCCAGGAAGAAUUCUCCCCCAGUCCAGAAAGGGUUAGAUGGGCACGGGAGCUUAUUGCUGCCUUUGAUGAACACCAGAAGCUAGGGAAGGGUGCUUUCACCUUUGGCGGCAGCAUGAUCGACAUGCCCUCGCUGAAGCAGGCCCAGAACAUCAUCACCCUGGCUGCAGCCGUCCCGGAACAGUGAGCUUCACCAGAGGAGGCCCCCUCCUCCAGCAGCUUAUCAAGCUGCAAGGCACCACUGUGCACUUCGCUUAAAGGAGCAAAGGUGUCUGUCUUACUGUGGUCGCUAAACAGGAUGAUUUGAUUUUGUUCCUACUGAAUAUGCCGAUUACUUACUUAUUUGUCAAACCUGCAAUUUAUGUGACAGCUAAGGAGGAGCCGGGGAGACCCGGAGCGUUUCAGGGGUUGAGGUUGGUGUGUCCUCCUUUCUAUAUGACGGGAGGAUUUCACUCCUCAGGGCGGUCCUGUUGUCAGUGCGCGGAGGUGAAGUGACUGUGAGUGUGGUUGUGGUGAGAGCCGUGGCAGUGCCAGGCUCUGCGUGUGUGUGUGUGUGUGUGUGUGUGUGUGUGUGUGUGUGUGUUUGUGUGUUUGUGUGUGUGUGUCCCCCCCCGCCUCUCUCAGGUCAGGGAGAGAUGGUCGCCAGUCGCUGGGGUUCAGGCUGCUCAGCGAAAGGGUAAACAAACAGAACAACCCGCUGUUGUUUCACCAUUCAGCCCCGCGCGUCGCCAACCAAAGAACGCGAGGGUUCUCCAAAGCGGCCCCCGGAUCAAAGUUUCUGCUUGCCAAAAGAACUUCAAUGCGUUUCCUUAAAUCAACAAUCUGAGGUCGAUUUUGUUUCAGUCCCUGGCUAAAUCACAGGCCUUUGUGUGUGGACUAUGAGACUCUGUUCUCGGCAAAGGAUGGAAUGAAUACUUUUAAACUGGGCAUCAGCCCUGAGCUGACCUGCACCACGGAGCGGCAACCGCGCUCACACACACACGCGGCGGGAGAGACUGUUUGGGCUGUUUUCUCUAUGUAAAUAUAAACCAAUUUCAAAGGAUUUGGCUUUGCUUGGUCCCGUCUAUGCCUUGUCGCCUUUGAAAUGUUCCAUCUAAAAAGCACCACAUCGCAUCUGCUGGUUUCAUUCUGCACAGAAAGCUAAAACAAAAGCAAUGAAUAUGAGCUAUGAAUAUUUUAGCAAUAUGUCCUUCAUGAUCAAAAUGGAUAAUGUGCUUUAAAUAAAACUUUUUUUAUACCCAUGACAAGUAACUUGAACCUGUCAGUCAAGUUAACCCGCAGCCACACAACUAUUAAGGCGGUUUUUGUACAAUGUCCUCAUUAUUUUGUAUUUUGUCCCACAAAAUGGAAGGCAGUUCUUUGUCUCUUUGUUGAUGGGUCCUGAGAAAUAUAUAAUGAUUGAGGGAGAUGUUGAAUGGUUAAUAAUGGAGUUGGUGACUAUGGUAAUGAAAGCCACUGUAUUAAGUUAGAUUUGAUGUUGCAUGAUCAAUUGUGUCUGUAUAAAGCGUUCAGGUCUGUGGUCUCUGCCAGGCAAACGCCAGACAGAAAGAUCGAACCCACCGCUGUGCCCAGCCAAAGGCCUAACAAUAAGGUGGCUCUUUGGCACUCAGCCACAUAUUUCUUUUUUUUCUUUUCUUGCCUUUUGCUCUCAUUUAUUUUUAAUUUUCUAAUGGCACAGGGUUUGUUGUGCCCAAUCUCGUCUUCCACCUGCUAUCAUGUCGUCCAGUUGUGGACACCAGGCUGGUCUUACCCAUCUGUUUUACCCACAAAGGAUGGGGGGGGACUAGAUCGUGAAUAUGUACGUGGUUUUUGGAGUGAGCUCACAGUACGUUAAGCACAGCGGCCAAGUCGGGCCCUGUGCGCGGAUGUGAAGCGCGGGCAGCAGUGGUACUUCAGUUCAGCCGCUCAUGUCGUAAUAAAGCAGGAAGGCGCUCGCAGUCAGUCCCUGUCACCCUUCGCUGUGAAUAACGCAGAACAGGUGUUUGUUCUGUAGACUAAGCACAUCUUAGAUAGCCGCGUUGCACACGGUCGUCAUUCUAUGGAUAACCAAUCUAUUCAGCAGUAUGCUCCCCUCUUUUAUCAUUUUCCAUAUUCACUCUGUUAUAGCCUAUCCUUAGAUCAAUAUUAUUUAAUUUAGUGGCCCUGUUUUGUCCCUUCUCUGAUUUCAUCAUUUAUUCGAUAUCACAAAGCAUAAUUCUUAAGGAGACUGAGAGAAGUAUAAUCUAUAUAACUGUUUUUGUUACGGAGUCAUAACGUUUCACAUUUGCAGUUUACAGUAUGUCGUUUUGUUUGACGUGAGAACAAACACUGAUAAUCUAGUUAAUAGCCAUUCCUGCUAAUGGGUGCAUAACACCUAUGUAUUAAAAAGGCAAAUGUGAAUUCAGUUGAUUCGACUGUCAUGUCUGUGCUGAAUAGACCAUUGGGAUGCAGCGCGUUGCGUCUAAUUCGGUGUAAUUUUACAUGACAUUUCUAUUACGUUUCCAUCUUGACAUAAUCGUCUCAGCCCACACGACAGAUUUAUUUAAAUACAUUUUACUAGUAAUCCCAGAGAGAGUAAAUUACAAUUAACACGAUUAUAACCUUACAAAAAACUUAACGGGAUUCAAUUAAGCGAGGAGCACCGUUUUCCUAGUCGCUGUGUCUCGAGAUGGUUUUAAUAAAUUAUCGGGUACAAUUCAGAAGAGAAAACGUGUAUGCAAAACACUGUCAGAGGAAAAUUAAAAUGAAACGUUUUGCAUAAUUUUUUCAUUAAUCUCAAUAGGACCCGUGUGGUAAAGAUGGUUUUAUUCCCCUAAUUUCCCGCCCGGGGGUUCUCCAAAUAAUGUCUUCAUUGUUUUACUAGUGUGCUAAUGACAAUAUGUGACAACCUCAGUUUAACAAAGGAUUAUUCCUAUGUAGUAAAAUGUAUCGCUUAAAUUAUAAACAAGGGAAAUUUGAACUCAUUGCGCUGUGGAAGCCGGAUAAAGGCCUAACUGUACUGAAAUUGAAGCAAGGCACAUUUGUAACACACUGUGAUAUCCAAUUCUAGACAAAUAUUUAGUUCCAUAUUAUCUUUUUUUCAUAGAACUAUACAAUGAUAUCGGCUACUAUGGAGGAAGAACAAUAGCGACCGUUAACUGCAUAACCGUGACUACAGUUUUGAGUAUUUUCACAACAGGAAAGAAUGCUCUAAUGUCACCGAACACAAAGUCCUAUAAAAGUUGAAUCAACGUUUCUAAACUCCGUCAUCAUAUAAUGGCAUUUCAUACGCUCUGGAAGAGCUCUGGAAAAAAAUUGGUCGUUCAUUUAACUUAUUUAGGUCGAAGACAUUCCGUGAUCCUGUGAAAGUAAUUUUCAUUCAUUUUAUUUGUUUGUUAUUGUUUAUUUACCAAUUAAAGGAUUCAGUCAAGAACCUUUCCUCAUCUACACCAAAACUAAUCUUGAUGAAGUAGCCAAAGUUGGCAAAAUUAUAUUAAUUACAUACAAACCGUUUUGUUUUAGUUUUUACGAGCGCCCGAAAAUAUUUAAUGGAAUGAAGAGGAUGUACAGCAUUCUUAACAACUGUUUGGACAAAUCUUAUUAUGAAAAGUUUCGAAUGUGUUUUCUUUUCAGCUUGAAAUUAAAGGAACCAUGAAACAUGGUGAGUUGUGUGAUACCUAGAAUAAUAUUGUGUAUAUUAUUUUUAUUGAAGUGAAUAUGAAUGCGAUACUGGCUGUUGAUAUGAUUUUCACACAAGUCUUUGUAUCCCGGACCCUUGCUUGUAUUUCUUCUACAAGCCACUGCUAUUUCUUUUCACUAUUCAUUUGUUCAGGAAUGUUAAGAUGAAAAGGCCCAAUUCGUAGAUGUUCGUUAAAAUAUAUAUUUUAUGGAAUGUGAAAUUCGUUUUCUGUCUUAUUCAAUGUAACUGCAUAUUUAAGCUUACAGGUUGUAUACGUGCAUUCAAGAAUAUAGUGUUUGGUGCACUGGUGUAUACGUUACAUACCACUGUUGAGCCGGCAAGCAGUGUUUUGCAUAUCCGUGGCAACCUCUUAGGUAUAAAGAUUUAGUAUAUUAGCUACGUGAAGAUUAAGUAUGUGAUAUAUUAAAAGGACAAAUCAUUUAUAAGGUUAAUAUUUCAGUGAGAGUUCAGAAACAUUUUAAAAACUCAGAAACGCGUCAACAAAAAUGCAUCCAAACUUCUGAAUGCAUUUUUAUGAAUUUUGAGACGGUAACAAUUACUUAAAUUGGCAUAACAAUUUAAUUCAAAACUAAAUAUGACGUUGUGGCUAACAAUGUGCCCUUGAAAUUCUGAGAAACCUUAUGUGUGCAGUACCUAAAGGGUUAACAGUUGGCCCAAAACUGGUGAAAGUUGUCGGACUGAGUGUCAUUUCCCUCGCUAGUAAAGUGAUCCUUGUGUUGGAUUGCUGUGUGUUUUUGGAGAAAGAUAAUUCCCCCUCAAUGCAGUUCGUCUUGUGAAGUGUCCCGGUCUGGGACGUUGCUUUUCUGCGCCCUGGAUAGUCUGAACUGACUCCCUCUCUUAAAUGGUGACAGAUCAAAGGCCGGGCCGUCUCCCCGCGGACCCCACUAAAACCCUGUCUCUUUGUCUGCUGUUGCUAGGAUUCUGGUAAACUAAGAGAGAGUGUUAGGGGCAUGCUAAUCAGAGUCGUUACAGUGUGACAAAGUCUCCGCAACUUUUCAAUUUUACUGUGUUUUCGACCCCGUGCACCUGCAGUUAUAUUGCUUGUCUGAUCUAAGAUCCUUUUAUAAACGCUUCAGGGGCGCUAACUUUUGUUUGCUUAGCAGCGCUAUUCUCUGGUGUCCAUCUCUUCUACUUUCACCUGUAAAGAUCCAGUGUUCACGUGUUAUGUGACAUUUCCAACAAAACUGCAACUUGUGAAAAUGCAUUUAAAUUGUGUUUUAUGAAUCAGAGUUACUCUCAAUGUGUUAUACAUUAGUAGCGCUGAAACGAACUGAUGCACACGUGCCAAGUUCGAUUGAAACUAUUAUUUUGCAAUGUGGUGCAAUCAAUUAUGCAAUUAAAUAUUGGUGAGAUAAUGUUGUUUUGAGACAGUUACUGUGUUUUUAUAAAUAUUCCGUUUUUAUGUUUUAGCAGGAUGUGUAUGUGUAAUACGAUUUUGUUGUGAAUGUUAAGAAAGUAGGUUAACAGGAAUAACGUCAUAAUUCUUAUGCUUAAAAAUCCUCAAUGACUAAAAGACACUGCCAAUUUGUAAUAAUCACAGCAGUCACAUAUUUUCAAAUACUUCCACCCAUGUGUCAUUUAAUUUGUGAUUACAGCAUUCAUUUGAGAGCAAAUCUGGUUUAUAAAUGGCACUUGAGGAAGGGCGUGCCCUUAAUUAGUGCCCCAAUUUAUCCAGAUUAUCCGCUGCGUGAUGCGUACAGUAUGUUUUAAUUUUAGUGUUUUCUAUCGCAGUAUGUUUUCAUUUAAAGUUUUCGCCUUCUGGCUCUGCUGUUUUAAGCGGAUGUUAACAUGCUAAAAAGGUAACAUUUUUAGAUUUCAGUUGUUAGGAAUGCUUAUCAUUUCAUUAAAAUGCUUUUUGUCUAGUUGUCUUAAGGUAGAAGGCACAUUACGCACGUACAUUCCUCCGAGUGAAAAUGACUUUAUUGUGCACGCCUUUUGAUGACGUCUAAUAGCUACUGAUCACCCGCAUAAUAUUGCUUUUCAAGCACGGUUUAUCUCGCUUUGAUGAUGCAUUUCUUGUCAUGGAAGGCAACACAAUUUAUUAAGUCAAAACUAUACUUUAUUAACGUAUUCUCGCUAAGUAAUUCGAACAUCCGGUAAUAGUAUUUUGAAUUAUUUCAUACACUUGUUGGGUUACUUGUUUUAUCCACGUUUACAGCAGCACAGAAGACUUGGUUUUCUCUGUAUUUUCUGCCCGUACGUACUUCUUUGUAAAACGUAAUCUUCAUAUCGUCUCUAAAUUUCGUAUGUAGAAAUAAACUGGGUCGUUCUAAUAAAAAGUGUGAUUUAGCUGGAGCCUUUUCUGAAUAUACAUGAUUACAUAUUUAAAGUGGCUUUCAUCCUAAACUCGCUUUCUGUAGAGCUGUAAAAAGCCGCAUAAUAGUGAUUUUAUGUGGUUCAAUCUUAAUCCACGUAAUUGCCCAUUAUCAAUAUUCACGUUAGAAACGAAUUAAAACAAUAGCAAUGUCUUUUGAUGCACGCGAUAAAAUAAAUGCAUUAUUGAAUAAGAGGCGGCUUGCUGGGCGAGUUGCCGAUUCCGCGCAGCUUCUGCCGUCUCUCCUACGGGCUUUCUAAUGAUCCCCGAACGGCGCAGGCGCCUUCAGUUCAAAAGUUUACCGGCGGAUGCUGUCAAAACCGAGAGAAAGGAGGACGGAGGCUUAUAAACCCCCCAUUUAUUGCUGUCAGGUUGUUAGAGAUGAUUACAGCGUUGCGCACCAUGAGCAAUGCGCUGGCCGCAUCCAGACAAAACAGGCCACUGGAAACGAUUUACACGACGCGAACAGACAGGCGUAGUAAAACGCGCACCUCAGGCAAAUAAUGAGCGAGAAGGUUCUGAUUCACGACCCAAUGAUGCAAUAGUUUGGUGCAUUUUCCUAAACGAUGACGCGAAUAGUUACAAAGUAGAGUUUUGUACUGCGCUGUGCUUCUCUUUGUGCUUGUGAUAUUGAGAUGGGGCUCACAAGUCUUAGCCGUGUGAAUGCAUAAUGCCCCCGUGGCCCGCAAAGAAGGGUCCGCCUGAUUGAUAACUCGCAUUAUGUUUCAUAGACCUCCAGGUUAAAUGCCAGCGCUUUGUUUGCGGGAUGAAUUCUUCACAGGCAUCAGUCUGUGUCCUGCUACAGUAACCUUUGUACACAGACGUUCCAGUGGGUUGGCCCUGUUCCCUUGGUCCUGUAAAGCCCCCCCUAGAUUUUCGCUCAUUUUAAGAUCACAUCAAAUUAUAUGGAGGGAUGACACUGUGAUUGUUUUAUAAUACAGAAAAAUUGACACACAUCAUUAAUCAUAUAUAAGGAAUUUUUGAACAAUGAUCAUAAGUUUGGUAACCAAACAUUACUGAGGCAGUGUGGAAGUGGACUUGUAACCUGGAGGCUGCAGGCUUGAAACCCUGGUGGGACAAUGCUUUUUUGACCUUCAGUAAUUGCUUCAGUAAUCAUCCAGCAUUCUGAAUGGAUAAUAUGUUAGACUGUAAGACUAACCUAGAUGAGGCUUUCUUCUAAGCAAAUAAUUAACAUGACGUGUAAGUUGUAGUACAUUGUAUCCAUUUAAUUCCCCUGGUUACGACAGUGAAAAAAAAAUAAACAUACCAGCUUCUACGUAUAUAAUUGCACUUUUCCACUCAUGUUUAGCAUAUUAUGCAUUAUUAGGUUGUCAUGUAAAAUUGCUCACAGUAUGGCACGAUUAGUGGAAGUGGUCAUGUGAUCAGAAGCAAUUACUUCAGGGUUUUUCAAUGCCAGAAGAAUGGAGUUAUCAAAGAACUUUACAAAGAAAGGAAUAAUUAUCAAAAUAAAUGUGCUUUUAAACUUAAUAUAAAAGGCGCCUAGAAAACAUAUUCUUUUAUAAUGUCUAUGAUGUUGCCAAAAUACAUAAAUAUUUUGUUGGGCACAAUUGUGAUCAGCAAGAUAAUGCAAGGAUUGUGUUAUAUAUUGUUUCUAACUAAAUAUUCAUCCUCUUUAGAUUUAAUUGAUUUAUUUUAUUUUGGUUAUGGAUAUUCUUCAUGAAGAUGAUCCCAAAAAAGCUGCAUGUGAUAUUAUCCCUCAUACAGAAACACGUUAUAUAGUCUGUGACUGUGACAGCGAUGGGUCUGAUUUGGAUUAUGCAAGGGACAAUGAUCAUUUGCCAGCCCGACUCCUAAACUCAAAUGCUGGAAUAUUUGGUAUGGAGCAUAUAAUACACAAGGAGCCCACCAUCUCAUUGGCAUUCACAUCACAGCUCGCUGAUGCUGCACCCAGUGGAAACAGACCAAAAACCAGAGGGUCAACUAGAAAAACAGCUGAAGAGCCCACCCUUUCAUUGUAACUACGCCACAGCUCACCGAACCCAGUGGGACAAAAACCUGAGAGUCCACCAGAAAAUCAAUUGCAGCUGAUCCCGAUCUUCCAGUUAGCACAUCACAACCAGCUCCACACAGCACCACACCACAACUAUACAGCCUAGAGGGCCACUGCGGAAAGGAUUGCGCCUUCAGUAAGUGAAGAAAAUCAGCACUUAGUAAUAUAGCUGGACAUGUGUUCUGUGAGCUAAGUGCACAGGGCUUAAAGGAGACCAACUCUGAUCCCAUGGAUGUCUUCUUGUUGCUCUGUCCCCAACACUGAGAGACAUUACAAUCAAGAUGUCAAAUAUCUACUCAACCCAGACCAAGGGCAAGCAGCUCAAUCUGAAGAUUGAUGAGCUCCCAACAAUCUGUGGUGAUCUUUUUACCUGAGGGUACAACACUAUUCAAUGAAGGAUGAAUGUUGUGGUCAUUAGAAAUUGAUGCUCUCUAUAUAUCAGCAUAUCUGAUACCAUGUGCAGAAACUGCUAUGACAAGGUAAAUGCCACCAGUCCAUCUAGCUGACCACCCUCAAGGCACUGGAGACCCAUUUAGCAAGGUCAGGUAAAUCUUCAUGGAACUGAACGCUUCCUUCAAAAUCUUGCCGUUUCAUGAGUGGCUAUCAUUUGAUGGAAGUAUAAUCCCAUAUUAUGGGCAUUAUGGAUUCAAACAGUUCAUCUGAGCUCAACCAAUUUGUUAUGGAUUUAAACUCUGGAGUCUUGCCUUUUCAACAGGGUGUCUGGACUAUGUGGAUCCAUAUGGUGGAGUCUGGCUAGGGAUCCAGUGUCAGUCUAAGUUUUUCUGAACAAGUGGCAGUACAUCAGACAUGCAAAUUCUUGCAUGACAACCCCUUUACCUCAUUGACACUUAUGAAAGAUGUGACAAGAUGUGGUUAUGGAAGCUCUGGGGCAGUGACAAAAAUCAUUUGUUUCACUUCCUUUUCAAACCUUUUAUGCAACGGAUGCACAGUGGUUCAGAGUUUGGAUCAAUGGUAGGAGGCCUAAAAUAGAGGACAUGGCUGAAAAUCCCUAAAAACAGCUGUGAUGGAUUAAGAAAAGUUUGACAUCACUUCACACUGGCCAAUCAACUUGCUGCGUAUGUAAUGAUUGCAGAGCCUGCUUAUGUGAGAAGUGUAAAAGGGUACUGAACAUUGAGUGCUUUUAAAGGUUUAGUGAGGAGUACAAUAUAAGAAUGUAAAAUGAGGGGCACCUGUCAUUGUUAACCUUCAUUAUGGUAAACUGACGGUUGAACAUCUCUUUGAAGAGGUUAAAAUGGACGGAGGAGUUGCUUUCAUUCAAAAUUGAAACCAUGAAUGUAGAAAGUUUUAUGUACUUUUCUGGUUGAUAUGUUCUCCAUGGCUGACUUUGUCAUGAGUUGAGAACAUGAAUGUAAAUG